GCGAUACGAGGUCAGUAAUAGCUGGCUGCUACAGCUGUGUGCAUGUUGGCUGUAUAGCGAAAAAUUAUUUUUUAUCUCAUAUUUAAUCUGUGACAUUCGAAAUCAUUAAAAUGAAAAUAAAAUCAGAAUUGCUGUUACAACCAACAGAAGAGUUAUCCAAGGAGAUAAGGAUCGAAUUGAAAGAAGACAUCACUACCAGGGACCGCGACCUCGCCGCCAUCAAGGAAUGGCUCAGGAAGGAACCACACCUACCUAACGAAUGGGAGGACAAUCCUUUGAUGACGUUCCUCCGUGGUAGUAGUUUCUCCUUGGAGAAGUGCAAGCGUAAACUGGACAUGUACUUCACAAUGCGUGCCGCUUGUCCGGAGUUUUUCACCAAUCGAGAUGCUUCAAGCCCUGCGUUAAAAGAAAUCCUUAAAAAUAAACUACAAGGGCCAGCCCUACCAGGUGUCACGCCAAAAGGCAGACGAGUCACAAUAUGUCGUGGUCUGUACCCAACUCUCGACUCCCAGCAAAUCACGGACACCUUGAAGCUAGCUCUCAUGAUUGGUGACGUCAGACUCGUGGAGGAAGUCGUGGGUGUUGCUGGUGACAUCUAUGUGCUGGAUGGUGCUGUGCUGGGACCGAGCCUGCUGGCCAGGCUUUCGCCGUCCAUCAUUAAGAAGUUUAUGAUUUGCGUUCAGGAAGCAUACCCAGUAAAGCUAAAGGAAGUCCAUAUUAUAAAUACUUCACCGGUCGUUGAGAGAUUUGUCAAUUUAGUGAAACCAUUCCUGAAAGAGAAGAUCAGGAAACGAAUUUUUAUUCACAAAGAAGUAAAAGAUCUUUACAAGUACGUUCCUCAAGAGAUGCUGCCAAAGGAAUACGGCGGUCAAUGUGGCACUAUGGAUGAACUUCAAGAGAGAUGGACGCAGAAACUAAUAGAAUACAGGGAUUGGUUCAAGCUGCAAGAUGCGCUGAUCGCAAAUGAAAGCCUCCGACCUGGGAAGCCAACCAACUAUGAUGAACUCUUCGGCAUCGACGGCUCUUUCAGACAACUUGCUAUCGACUGAUGCUUCAGAUAUAUAAUAGCACAUCUCGCUCUUUCUUAUGUCUCCAGAGCAUUUUGCUUAAAUUUGUUGUCCUACUCACUUUAUUUAAAAAAGGACAUGGGAUAUAUUAUACAAACUUUAAAAAAAAAUUAUAUUAAUUAGUAAUCAUAAAGUCCACACUGGCCCGCACUUAGAGAUCUAAGACACCUAGGUAAUUUGACAUUUCAGGGCCCCCCAUCCGAAGCGAUUAGAGUAAAAUUUUAUCCUUUUUGGCUGGGGCCCCUCGGCUGGCUGGGGCCUUGGGUCCACAUGACAUAAUAGUUAAUAAUAUUAAAUUUAUAUAAUCGACAUCAAUUAACACAGUCAACAUUUAGGAUAGAAUAUUAAAUAUGUGAUUUUCUUGAUAACCAAUAAACAAGUUUUAAAUAUAUUUGGUAGUGAUUGCUAGAUAUUACAUCCGUUACGAUAAUAGAUUUAUAAUACCUUAAUUCCCUUAAUUUGAUUGAUAGCGUUAAUCUAAAUAGUUAAAUGUUAUGGUUAGGCAUGUACAAAUUUCAAGAACACAAGUCUUUAUUUAUUCGCUACCAACUUUUGUGAUAUAUUGUUUUUAUAUAAUACUAUUUGAUAUCAAUAUUUCCGAAUAUUAGAAGCAGUAGAUGGUUUUUAUGUAGACAAAGUAUAUUUCAUAUAAAUACUGAAUGUCAUGACUAAGUACUCAUCGUUUCACGUUGGUUAGGUUAGUAUUUAGGUACAGUAUAUACUUUAAAACAUAUUUCAUUCAUGACUAAAUUUUAGAUAGAUAAUAUGUAUACAUACGAAUGACAAUUCGUCAUGGCUUAUAUACAAUAUGAACAAAUGAAUAGUUUUACACUAAGAUAAUCCUCUCGAUCCGACGAAUGAGGUUCAUGAUUGUAUUAUAAAUUUACCUAAAUUUUCCUCUAAUUUGCCUGAAGGCUGACAUAAUACUACUAAUUUUUUUUCUAACCCAUACAUAAACACAAACAUCUCAACAAAAUAACAUUAAUACAGUACGAUUAAUUGUAUCGGACAACACAUGUAAUAUGUCUUAACGUUAUAUUGUCGCAUCUACUAUUGUACGUAUUUGUUAGGUCGGAGCUUUUCUGCGUCUUUUUACUAAGAAAUGAAUGAAAACAGCGCCAUCUAGUGACAAUAAUCGGAAUUCGAAAUUUGAAAUUUAAUAUCGCAAUUAAUGUCGCUAUCGAAUAAAUAAUAAAAACUCGCAAUAGGAACUCUGUAGGAAAUAAUUGAAAACUCGAGUCGAUUAAUAAAUGUCAGAAUCUAUAAUAACAUCAAUGAGACAAUAUAACGGGGUCCAGUAAUAUACCUCAAUACAGUGUUGCAGAACUAUCGAUAAUUGACCUCGAAAACUAUUCAGGAUAUCGACAGCACUAUCGAAAGUAUAGUCAAGUCAAUAUCGAUGGUAUCGAUAGCUCAACAUGAGCAACACUAUUGAUGACAGCAUUACUAUCGGUACAAUCGGAAUUCGGUAGUAACAAUUUAAUACAACUUCAAUGCUAUCGAAAAAUCGUUGACAAUCGAUGGUCCAAAACCAGCGAUACUGCCAUAGGUAUAGGUAGGUAUUCAUAGGUCGCAUGUGUCUAAUUUCAUUGAAAUUCUGCCACAUGUGUAUUCUACCAACCCGCAUUAGAGCAGCGUGGUGGAAUAAGCUCCAAACCUUCUCCUCAAAAGGGAGAGGAGGCCUUAGCCCAGCAGUGGGACAUUAACAGGCUGUUACUGUUACUGUUACUCAUAGGUUUUAGUUAAAACGAAUGAAUUUCGCAAUACUAUCGAGACGAUCGUUACUAUCGAAUGAAUUACUUUAAAUAGUAUCAAUAGUAUUGCUGUUAUCAAUAGUAUUCACACGCGGCUAUAAUGUCGAUACACUAUCGAUACAAUUGUUUACACUUUUACUAUCGAUAAACAAUCGAUUGGCUAUCGAUAAUGGACUAUCGACAAGCAUCACUACGGCUCAAUAUAUCUUGAAUUCUGUAGGAUAACAUCAAUGUGAUUAAAUGUAAUGUAAUUUUUAGGUUAUAUAAAGUAUAAUUUAAUAUUAAGAUUAAAAUGGUGUAAUGUUUUUAAUCUGGAA